AUGAAGGUUCUAAAGGUUUCAUCAGAGUACCGAUCAAUAACCGAAAUUUCUCUAUACACACUUGGGAUGCUUUUUAUAUUCCUUCCGCUCAUACAAAACAUUAUAGCAGAUAGGUCCCAACAAAAGGAGCUUUUGCUUUGCACAGGCUCCUGCGGAAGAUCAGAGAGCAGUGCAACUUAUGUAAGCAACAACAGAAGUUCGCAUGCAGGCAGGAUAGAGUCAAGGGUGCAGGAAAGAAUGGCAUCCAGCAGCGCGCGCCCGCUCCAGACCUUCACAGAACUCGUACAGUUAGAGGACCAGGCAUGUGAGGGAUCGCACGCUCCUAGAAGCUCCAGGUCGUGGUUUAGCGGUAUAGCAGCUUCUAUAAGCUCAAUUUCGGGUCUGCAGGUUUUGAUCAUGCUACUUGGAUGUCUCCUCCUUUUCAUACCGCAUGUGAUAAGGUACACAGCCCCCGAGAGCUUCAGCCUCUCUUCCACGGACUCUCCUUUCGUAGAGAGCACCGUCGUUGAGCUUGAAAAAGUUCUUAAAAGAAACCGAAGAACCGCGACCAAAGCCGAAAUAGACGCAGCCACUCUCGCUAUUAACAAUGCCAAGAGCUGCAUAAAGGAGACAGACUGGGACAUAUACCGGGACGAGCACGACCGCAAACAUGCUGAUGCUGGCAUUGCUGUAGACAUUGUCCCAGCCCUUCCAUUUUGCGAAGAAUAA